AUGACGCUGAAUAUCAUCUUCAUCCGUCAGUUCACCAUCUCUUCUGUGAUGGAGGAGAGUGCAGACAGAGGAGGAGGAGGAGGAGGAGGAGGAGGAGGAGGGUACCACCGGGCAGCCAAGCGGCUCCGGACAGAAGAGGAGGCCGCCGGAGAGGAGCUGGAGGACGGGGAGGAGGACUCCGCCGGAGAGGAGGCAUCGGGGAGCGGCAGCACAGAGAGCAGGAGCCGGAGGAGCCGAGGGACGAAGGACGAUGUGGAGGACAGUCACCGCAUCCCUCCGUCUCCGGUCGUCCACGUCAGAGGACUCUGUGACGCCGUGGUGGAGGCUGAUCUGGUGGAGGCGCUCGACAAGUUCGGCAACAUCUGCUACGUGAUGAUGAUGCCGUUUAAGCGUCAGGCUCUGGUGGAGUUCGACAGCGUGGAGAGCGCCGAGCGCUGCGUGUCGUGUGGAACUCGGGAGGCCGUCUGCGUCGCCGAGCAGCAGGCCUUCUUCAACUUCUCCACCAGCCAGAGAAUCACCAGACCCACCAACGUAGACGACCCCACCAGCGGAAACAAAGUUCUGCUGCUGUCCAUCCAGAACCCGCUGUACCCCAUCACCACCGAUGUUCUCUACACCGUCUGUAACCCCGUCGUUAACGUCCUGCGCAUCGUCAUCUUCAAGCGCAAUGGCAUCCAGGCCAUGGUGGAAUUUGAGUCAGUGGAGGAUGCUCAGAAGGCCAAACUGGCUCUGAACGGAGCCGACAUCUACGCCGGCUGCUGCACGCUGAAGAUCGAAUACGCUCGGCCCAACAGACUGAACGUCGUCCGCAAUGACAACAGCAGCUGGGAUUACACCAAACCCUUCCUGCUGCAGCGAGAGAGGGGAAAGGGGAGGCAGCGACAAGCCAUACUGGGAGAGCAUCCAUCCAACGGUUAUGGCUCACACUGCCCCCUGCUGCCUCUGCCAGCAAACAGCAGGUACAGGAGGGGCAGUGAGGAGGUGCAGGACAUGAUCUCCUACCCGCCGCUCCUCCGUAAGACCUCCCCAUCCCACUCCUCCUACUCCUCCGCCUACUCCUCCUACUCAUCCUCCUCCUUCCCGGGCCACGGCGCCUCAAGCUCAGUCGCCAUGGUGAGCAGCCUCCAUCCCGCCAAGAUGAACUGCAGCUGCAUCUUCAACCUCUUCUGUCUCUACGGCAACGUGGAGAAGGUGAAAUUCAUGAAGAGCGUUCCCGGCACGGCGUUGGUGGAGAUGGGGGAUGAGUACGCGGUGGACCGGGCCGUGACUCACCUCAACGGCAUCAAGGCGUUUGGCAAAAAGCUCAACGUCUGUGUGUCCAAACAGCAUGCGGUGAUCCCCAGUCAGGUGUUCGAGCUGGCCGACGGCAGCAGCAGCUACCAGGACUUCAGUCUGACCAGAAACAAUCGCUUUAGCGGCGCACAGAGCAGCAGGAACAUCAUCCAGCCGCCCGCCGCCGUCCUGCACUUCUACAACGCCCCGCCCACCCUGAGCCAGAACCAGCUGCACAAGCUCUGUACAGAACACAACGUUCCCGCCUUCACCAAGUUCAAGAUCUUUGAUGCCAAAUCCAGCUCUAAGACUCUCUCUGGUCUGCUGGAGUUUGACUGUAAAAAUGAAGCUGUGGAGGCUCUGACCGUCCUCAACCACCACCAGAUCAGAAUACCCAACAGCUCCAAUCCCUUCACCCUGAAACUCUGCUUCUCCACCUCCUCCCAUCUGUGAGCCAGAAACAAGAUGGCCGCCACAGUUGCCAGGUUCUCCAGCAUGAAGGGGAAGUUUUAUUCUUUACAGAAGGAGAAAAUGAUGCAGAGUGAUGGCAGAGGAUUUUGGUUUUUGAGUGAUGUGUUUGAAUGGAUCAUUUUAAUUGUGUGGUUCUUGUUUAUGUUAGCAUUGAGAUGGAGAAAAGCGCCUUAAUGACAUUGAACUUAUUUAGUUAACAGGUCAUUUGAGCCUCCUUUUAAAACAUGAAUGAUGCCAGCAAUCUGAGAGAAAAUCUUCUGCUCCGGAUGAAAUGUGAAUAGACUUUUCCUUCAUCAGGUCACUCAUGAGAAAUCAAAUCGAUAAAUGUCUUUCUCCUCCACAAAAGGCCCUCAUAUCCUAAAGAGAUAUGAAGAAACAGAAAUAAUCGAAUAUGAAACAGCUUUUUAGAGGAGCGAUGUAGUUGUUGUUGUAACAGACCGAACUCAGGGAGGAAUCACUAAAAAGUGUAAAACAAUCAGAUAUUAGAGUGUUUAUGUUACAAUCCUGAUAUUUUUUUAAGUAAUUUUGGUUUGAGCAGUUUAGGAUUUGAUUAGUUUUAUUUCAUUUCAUUGACUUUAAAGUUAUUUUAUUAACUUAGUUUAGCCGUUAAUGGUUAAUCAGUGUAUGUUGAUGACAAACUGAGCUCAAAGAUUAGUAGUUUUAUUUGUUGGAUUGAUUGAUUUUAACUAAAUGUUUUUAAUUAAGGAAAAAGUGUUUUAAUUGUUUUAAAUAUACCUCCUGGGUUUCCUCCACAGUUGCACUCUGACUUUUUAAGAAGAGGGGGUCGAUUCUUGUAAUACUGAGGAGCUGAUCAAUAUGAUUAUUUUAUUAGAGUUUCCUCCUUAGUUAUCAGUUGGGACGUGAAAAGCACAACAUUAUUCAUUUAUCGUUUACAGAAUAAUUUUAAGGAUAAAGUCUUUUUUAUUUUUCCUUGUUUGAACUGUGACUUUUUUAAGUAGCAAUACUUUGUAUUUAUGUUCUUACUAAAUUAAUUAGAUUCUCAUGUGGUUUCAGAAAUUGUGGUUCAGCUGUUUGAUGUCAAGUUAGCCACAAGUUAUUUAUAAGGUUGUAUUUUCAGCCGCACGCAAGUUUGCAAAAGAAAUUAUAAUAUUAAAACAGGUCUUUUCCACAAAAGCAAUUAGAGUAAAUGUCAUGUGUGAUGUGAAGGUUUUGGCCUCAAGGGACUAAACAGUUAGCAUGACGCAAAGUUAGCCGUAUAACUGCUAAAAACAUGAACAGACUUACUGUAGCCAUUUAGAAUAACAAUAACUUCCAUAAGACUUCCACUUACCACAGAACUCAAUAACAGUUUUCAUGCAAACUGUUUCUUCUGCAAUUAUCUUGAAUGUGUGAGAAGAAAAGUAGCUAUAAAAUUUAUUUUUAUGUGAUUUUUUUAACACUUUGAGCAGCACAAACUUAAGUCAUUGUAUCUCUUUUAAUAUAUCUUAGUAUGAGUGUAAUUUUGGGUGAACUGCCCCUUUAGAACAUCUUGGAGGAAUACUUCACCCACGAAAUGACCAUUUGUAUAUCAAUGACCACGUGUUACUUUGAAUUCUUGAAGAGGACUUUGUUUUUCUCACAGGCCUCCAGCAAGAAAUGUCUUGAUGAAUUAUGGAUCGAACUCCACAACAGCAAAACUAUAUCAAAACGUCCGUUUAGAAACUCUGACACAACUCAUGCAGCAUAAUCAAAGUUUCAUUUUUUCAGUCGUAUGCUCAGUACUUCCUAAACACAUGCAUUUUGACCCAAAUCUUUUUAUUUAAAACACUUCUGCAUAAACAGUCUCAGGCUUGAGAAGGCGUGCUACAUGUCUAUGCAAGUCCAAAGUGUUUUAGGUUUUAGCAAAGAUGCACGUGUUUGGGAAGUAGUCAGCAUACAACUUGAUAAAAAAACUUGGAUAUAAAUUAAACUGCCCGAGUUGUUUGAGAGUUUGUAGUUUACCUGUUGUAAUACACGGCCUCCAUUAAUUUAAUUGAUCUAGACUUUUCUCUGUUUUUUUAUUCUACAAGGUUUUCUUCAGCAAUUUAAGGCAACACAUGGCUAGUAAUUGAUUGACAAAUGGACAUGUUAUGGUUAAAGUAUUCCUUUAAUGCACAGAGUUUUCAUGGUGGUUGAACCAUUCAACAGUACUAUGUUAGUCCUCAUGUAUGAUUUUGAUUGACACCAGGCAGCCAAUCACAAACCAGUUUUCGCUUCCCAUGAAUGAUGAUCGUCAUAAAAGUUGUGUCAGUAUGCUCUGUUGUCGUGAAGAACAUGAGAAACAUGACACAUCGCCUGUGAAGGGAAGUUGACUGACUCACACUUUGUUUCUGACUGUGAACUUUGUUUGCCACUGUCUGUUUGUAAGAGUUUUGCUGUUUAUCUUAUCUGUGAUUGUCUCUGACAAAAAACAAGUCAUGUCUAACCAUCAGCUGUUUCACUUGUGUUUCCAGGUGUUCAAUAGUUACUGUAUUUUUUUCUUAGUUUCCAUCAUAUGUUACCAAUGUAAAAAAUCUAAUCCAUAAAACUGCCACUGGAUCUGCCAUUGAAUUGAACUGUUUGCCACAAUUUUUGGUUUAAAGUUGAGUUCUGUGGUCUGCAGAAUAAACAAUGACCUGUAGUCUGAGCCAUCUGAAGUCAACAUGGUGAAUCCAUGGAUGUAUUGUGAAUAUUCCUAUGUGUCGAAAACUUCUGCUGUCACAAUAUUUUGGCCUGAAAUUAAAUAACACGA